UUAUUUACCUCAUUUUCCUUUCCCUCCUAAAAAAAAUGGAGUUCUCUAAGAUAACUUCACUUCUUUUCAUUUCCAUGCUUUUCCUUUCUUCCCUCACUCCCAUUCUUGGUUGUGGCUAUUGUGGUAAACCUUCUCACAAACCCAAAAAGCCCAAAGUUCCUUCUCCCAUUGUCAAACCCCCUAUCCAUUUGCCACCUAUCGGAAUUCCACCUGUCACUGUUCCACCAAUCGUAAAACCACCCGUUGAUUUGCCACCUAUUGGAAUUCCACCUGUCACAGUUCCACCAAUCGUAAAACCGCCCGUUGAUUUGCCACCUGUUGGAAUUCCACCUGUCACAGUUCCACCAGUAAAACCUCCAGUUGAUUUGCCACCAAUCGGUUUACCACCAAUUGUGAAACCGCCAAUUGGUUUACCACCAAUUGUGAAGCCGCCAAUUGGUUUACCACCUAUUGGAAUUCCACCUGUCAUAGUUCCACCAGUAGUUAAACCAUCACCUAAAGGGAAAAAACCAUGUCCACCAACUACAAAGGCAACAUGCCCAAUUGACACAUUGAAACUUGGGGCUUGUGUGGAUCUUCUUGGUGGGCUUGUUCAUAUUGGGCUUGGUGACCCAGCUGUUAAUGAAUGUUGUCCAAUACUUAGUGGGCUUGCUGAACUUGAAGCUGCUGCUUGCCUUUGCACAACACUUAAAGUCAAACUACUUAACCUUAAAAUCUAUGUACCUCUUGCACUUCAACUCCUUGUUACUUGUGGAAAGAGUCCACCACCUGGCUACACUUGCUCCAUCUAGGUUUCCAAUCUGAAAUUUGAAGAAUUGCAUGGAUUGACAUGAAAGGAUGUCAAAUUUCUGAUUUAUUUAAUUUCUCUCCACCCACCCCCCACGCCCACCCCCUCAAAAUUGUAUUUUGUGUAUUUCUGCUAUUAUUUUAUCAUGGCUUUGUGGAAUUGUUAUUUAAUGAAAUUAUUAUUAUUUCAGUG